UGUCAACAACAGGACCGGUGUUUAAAGAAAGAGAAAGAGAGGGAGACAGACUACUAAGACAAAGUUAAGGAAAGUUCAAAAGAAAAGGAGGCUUGCUUGGUGUGAAUGUAGUUGCCAUGGAGAAUUUCUUGCAAGAUAAGGACCUUUGGAUUGUGGGAAGUGUGUGUUUGGUUGCAUCCAUCCUAUGGAGACGAUUUUGGAAUUUAUUUACAUACAAGAGGAAAAGAGACAGUUCACCAGAAAGUGCAUCUAUUGACAUUCAGUUUAGAGAAAAGGAUGGUAAGGAUAAAUCUAAAGUGUACCAAAAGGGGUUGAAAACCCAGAAGAAGAAGAAACCACUUGAUGCAUCAGACUUAGUCCAAGCUGGUUUUGAAGAAGUGCAGAAUCAACAGAACAAUCAGCUUUCUCAAUGCACAGCAGAGACUGCUGUGAGCACAGCUGCACAUCAGGAUCUUAUUGAAGAGGAGCAAGAAGUAGACAAAUACAGGGAAGGAAAGGAUGACAAACAACAGGCUGCAGUGGAAGAAGAGGCAAAAGAGCAAGAAAGUGUUGCUGAAUUAUUUCAGAUAAUAGAGGAGGAUAAAAAGGAGGAAGAGAAUAGGUUAAAGAAAGAGGAGGCUUUAUGGUUAUCUGAAGUAAACCAACUAGCUGCUCUGAACUCAUCUGACCGGACAGAUGGAAGCAUUACAGUCACACCAGAAAGCUGUGAGGAGAAUCUGGAAAUAAUUUUCAGCACUAAGAGGCAUGUUACUGAUGAGACUCUGCCAGAUGAACUUAAAAAAAGCCGAGUGGAGGAGGAUAAGGAAUUGGAGGAGGAUGAGGUGGCAGGACUAAAAGCUGCAGAGGUGGGACCAGAGAGGACAGAGGAGAGGACAGAAGAGAAGAGGAAAAAUGCAGAGCCAGUAAUUGACGAAUAUGUCGUUGAUUCUUCCCCUCCUCCACCUGCACCAUUUGAACACCGUCUAGUCACAGCCAAAACUCACCAGAUUACAAGUUACUACACUAUCAAUAAAGAGGAAGUUCUUGGAGGAGGACGCUUUGGCAUGGUCCACAAAUGUGUAGAGAAAUCUUCUGGCCUCGUAUUAGCAGCCAAAAUCAUCAAAGCCAGGAGUCAGAAAGAGAAGGAGGUAGUGAAGUGUGAGAUAGAAGUGAUGAACCAGUUGAAUCAUGACAAUCUGAUCCAGCUCUACGCUGCCUUUGAAUCUCGACAUGAAAUCAUUCUAGUGAUGGAGUAUGUUGAUGGCGGAGAGCUGUUUGACCGGAUCAUAGAUGAGAACUACAAGCUGACCGAGUUGGACACAGUGCUGUUCAUCAGACAGAUCAGUGAAGGGCUUCAGUAUAUGCACAAGAUGUACAUAUUACACCUUGACCUAAAGCCUGAAAACAUUCUCUGCGUCAGUCGACAAACAAACAAGGUGAAGAUAAUUGACUUUGGGCUCGCAAGGAGAUAUAAACCUAGGGAAAAGUUGAGGGUCAACUUUGGUACACCUGAGUUCCUGGCUCCUGAAGUCAUCAACUAUGAAUUUGUCUCAUUCCCAACUGAUAUGUGGAGUUUAGGUGUCAUCACUUACAUGCUGCUCAGUGGCUUGUCUCCGUUCCUGGGUGAGGAUGAUAAUGAGACACUAAAUAACAUCCUGGCAUGUCAGUGGAGUUUUGAAGAGGCAGAAUUUGCCGACAUCUCUGAGGAGGCCAAAGACUUCAUCUCACGCCUGCUCGUGAAGAGCAAAAGUUGGAGAAUGAGUGCAUCCCAGUCCCUAAAACACCCAUGGCUUUCAGACCGAGCCCUUCACUACCAUCUGCACCAUAAGAAAAACAAGUGUCAUUCUUCACAUGCCCCUCCUCCAGAGGGAUAAACAGAAGUGAUCAUUGGAUCUCCUGGCGCCUUGGUGACACACUGGACCAAUACUGUUGUAUAUUAAUAUUACAGUCAUAUACUGACUGUAAAAUGUUUAUUAACUUCUUACCUCAAGUUUAAGCUAAAACAGCAUACAACACAUGAAAAGUACAGCUCUCCACAAGAAUAUUUCUCAAUUUUGUAAAAUGGUGACCAUUUAUGGCUCUGUGAGGAACUUGCCCUGUGCCCCAGUCCUGGUUUAAGUGGAAUUUAACUGUCUGGUGGCUGUCGUCUUAUGAAAAAUGACUACAUACACUUAAUACUACAGUGAUUUGGUCUUGUAUGUGCACUUUAUAAUAGGCCAGGCCUCUGGAAAAUAUGUGAAUGACUAAGAGUGCAACAGAAAUCAUCAUUUAUACUCUAUAUGCACAAAUGUAUUGAGUCUUAUCAUGGUAAUGUUCUGUACAUCAUUGGUUUAUGGUAACAUUUCAUUUGCAUAAUAUUUAUGAUGGCAUUAGAAUUCACAAAGGAAACUGUACUGUAUUUUACACUUGAAACUCUAGCAUCCUUAAUGUCAAAAUCCUAAAAAAUAAUCUGUCAUUUUAAUGUUAUGUCUUUUCUGCUGAUUUUAAUGAAGUUUAAGUGUCAAGAGUUUGGAGUUUGUCUGUGUGCAUGUAGCUACUGUUGUCUGACACUAAUAGCCAUGACCCAAAUACAGCUCUCAUGUACCACAUUUUAUUCAACAAUGCCAUUUAGAGGGUUUCCCUUAUGGCAAAUAUAUUGUGCAAAAUUAGUUAUUCAGAAUCAUGAGCUCCAAAUGCUUUGCUAAUGCUGCUGACCUCACGUUAUUGUAUUGUUGGUGUAGAAC